AUGUCAUUGCUGUGUGUCGGAGUGAAGAAAGCCAAGCUUGAUGGACCCCAAGAGAAAUUUAACACAUACGUGACCCUGAAGGUGCAGAAUGUUAAAAGCACAACCAUCGCUGUGCGUGGCAGUCAGCCGUGCUGGGAGCAGGACUUCAUGUUCGAAAUAAACCGCCUGGAUCUGGGCCUGACAGUGGAGGUGUGGAAUAAAGGGCUGAUCUGGGACACCAUGGUGGGCACCUUAUGGAUCCCCCUGCGCAGCAUACGGCAGUCCAAUGAGGAGGGUCCAGGUCAGUGGCUGACCCUGGACUCCAAUGUGAUCAUGGCUGAGAAUGAGAUCUGUGGAACCAAAGACCCAACCUUUCACAGGCUGCUGCUUGACACCCGCUUUGAACUGCCACUAGACAUUCCAGAGGAAGAGGCCAGAUACUGGGCCAAGAAACUUGAACAACUUAAUGCCAUGAGAGAUCAAGAUUAUGCCUAUCAAGAGGAACAGGAGCAACCACUUCAUGCGCCAUCCACACAGUGCUGUAAUUGGAGUCUGUGGGGAGAUCAGCAAAACGAGGACCCAGACAGUGCUGUGGAUGACAGGGACAGCGACUACCGGAGUGAGACCAGUAACAGCAUCCCUCCUCCCUACUACACCACCUCUCAGCCCAACGCUUCCAUGCACCAGUAUCCCAUGAGACAGCAGCAAUACAGACACUACAACGACGACAUCAAUGAGCUGGACUACGACCACAGAGCCAUGAGACGCUAUGAUAGUUUAGACUCGGCCACCAACGGGCGCAGCGAUAUCGACUCAGGCUCAGGGUCGAGCCGGCGCACCAGUCGUCAGUAUUCUCUAGACAGUAGGCAUUCACUGUCCGAUAGUCCCACAGACAGUCGCUACGCCUCAUCAGGCGAGUUGAGUCGAGGCAGCUCUCAGCUCAGUGAGGAGUUUGUUCCUGAGGACGGCGAGAGUUUGCGAGGUUCGGAGUUCUAUGAUGAAAACGAUUCCUACCACUCCUGCCACUCCUCGGUCAGCUACAGCAAAGAGGAUUCCCCAGGCUGGGAUGGCGAAGACCCCCAAGGCGUCUACAGUGACGAGGGAGGCUACCUCAAAGACGGAGGGGAGGAGGGGGCGCUGUAUGAUGAAGAUGAGGGAGACAUUUACGGGGAGGAAGGAGAGUACAACUAUGAAGAUGAGGAAGAGAUGCCAUAUGAGGAAGAUGAAGAUAUGUAUCCGCUUGAUGGCACGCUCAGUGAAGACCAGGAACCACCCUACACCCCCACACCCACAAGCACCGCCCCUACCCUGAUGCCGCCCUCUGAUGGUCUGUCCACCACCAGGCCACCGCUGGAGAAGCAGCCAUCAUUGCAUCAGCAGCAGCAGCAGCAGCAGCAGCAGCAGCAGCAGCAGCAGCAACAGCAGCAGCACCCGGCCCCUGAUCAGCUCCAGCCCCCAGCCACAGCUCCUGGUCUCCUUCCAGUCUCACAGGACGACACGUUACCCCCUUUCAGUUCAGACUCCACCAAACCUACCUUUGCACUUGCACAGCCAGAUAUGUCUACCACCACUACAUCCACCUCUACAACUAUAUCACAGGUUCCAGCUCCAGAAUCCAAGCCCCCGGAGGCUGAGCCCAAAUCUGAGGAAGAACCUCUACCCUCCGAGAAGCCUCCAGCCGCAGAGAGCAUCCCUCCAGCUCCCGAAGAGAAAACGGAGGAGCCUCCUGUUCCAAGCUUCCCAAAGAGAGAAAUCAUGGAACCUGGUCCUGCCAGAGCCAAAGCCAACUGGCUUCGACUUUUCAGCAGAGUGCGACUGCAGCUACAAGAGGCCCGAGGAGAAAGUGUCGGCAUCGCCUCUCUGCUUUUAUCAGCAGGAAUGGGUGGCGCUCUGUAUAGCAUUGACAGCAUGCCAGACCUCAGGAAGAGGAAAGCUAUGCCUCUGGUCAGAGAUCUGGCUAUGUCUUUGGUUCAGAACUCCAGGAAAGCCGGCAUCACCUCGGCCCUGACGUCCAGCACCCUGCAUAAUGAAGAACUGAAGAGUCACGUCUAUAAGAAGACCCUUCAGGCCCUCAUAUACCCCAUCUCCUGCACCACCCCGCAUAAUUUUGAGGUGUGGACCGCCACUACCCCCACUUACUGCUACGAGUGUGAGGGGCUGCUGUGGGGUAUUGCUCGCCAGGGCAUGCGCUGUACCGAGUGUGGAGUCAAAUGCCACGAAAAGUGCCAAGAUCUACUUAAUGCUGACUGUCUGCAAAGGGCAGCAGAGAAGAGCUCCAAGCAUGGUGCGGAGGAUCGAACCCAGAACAUCAUCAUGGUUCUUAAGGACCGCAUGAAGAUCCGCGAGAGGAACAAACCAGAGAUCUUUGAACUCAUUCAGGAAGUGUUCACUGUCCCCAAAUCCACUCAUGUCACCCAUAUGAAGCAGAUCAAACAGAGCGUGCUCGAUGGCACCUCUAAAUGGUCGGCCAAGAUCAGCAUCACAGUGUUGUGUGCCCAGGGUCUCCAAGCCAAGGAUAAAACUGGUUCCAGUGAUCCUUAUGUCACCGUCCAGGUGGGAAAGACCAAAAAAAGGACAAAGACCAUCUACGGGAACCUCAACCCUGUAUGGGAGGAGACGUUUAAUUUUGAGUGUCACAACUCCUCAGAUCGCAUCAAGGUGCGUGUGUGGGAUGAGGACGAUGACAUUAAGUCUCGUGUGAAGCAGAAGUUCAAGCGGGAGUCAGAUGACUUCCUCGGUCAAACCAUCAUCGAGGUCCGCACUUUGAGUGGAGAGAUGGACGUCUGGUACAAUCUCGACAAGCGUACAGACAAAUCAGCUGUGUCUGGAGCUAUCCGCAUGCACAUUAAUGUAGAGAUCAAAGGAGAGGAGACGGUCGCCCCAUAUCACGUUCAGUACACCUGUUUGCAUGAAAACCUCUUCCACUAUGUGACAGACAUCCAGAACAACGGUGUGGUGAAGAUCCCUGAUGCUAAAGGGGAUGAUGCAUGGAAGGUUUACUUCGAGGAGACUCCUCAGGAGAUUGUGGAUGAGUUUGCCAUGCGUUAUGGAGUGGAGUCCAUCUACCAGGCAAUGACCCACUUUGCCUGCCUGUCAUCUAAGUACAUGUGCCCAGGUGUGCCUGCAGUAAUGAGCACCCUGCUGGCUAACAUCAAUGCCUACUACGCCCACACCACCCAGGCAACUAACAACGUCUCUGCCUCUGACCGCUUUGCUGCCUCUAACUUCGGGAAAGAGCGAUUUGUCAAGCUUCUAGAUCAGCUGCACAACUCUCUGAGGAUCGACCUGUCCAUGUACCGAAACAAUUUCCCAGCCAGCAGUCCUGAAAGGCUACAGGACCUCAAGUCCACAGUGGACCUCCUCACCAGUAUCACCUUCUUCAGAAUGAAGGUCCAAGAACUUCAGUCUCCACCCAGAGCCAGUCAGGUGGUGAAAGAUUGUGUCAAAGCCUGUCUCAACUCCACCUACGAGUACAUCUUUAAUAACUGUCAUGAGCUCUACAGCCGCGAGUAUCAGACAGACCCGGCCAAGCAGGGCGCCGUGCCUCCUGAGGAGCAGGGACCAAGCAUCAAGAAUCUGGACUUCUGGUCCAAACUCAUCACACUUAUUGUCUCCAUCAUCGAGGAGGACAAGAACUCCUACACUCCCUGCUUAAACCAAUUUCCCCAGGAGCUCAAUGUGGGUAAAAUCAGUGCUGAAGUGAUGUGGAACCUGUUUGCUCAGGAUAUGAAAUAUGCAAUGGAGGAGCAUGAAAAAAAUCGCUUGUGCAAGAGUGCAGAUUACAUGAACCUGCACUUCAAGGUCAAGUGGCUGUACAAUGAGUACUGCAAAGACCUGCCCUUCUUCAAAAGCAGAGUGCCUGAAUAUCCUGCGUGGUUUGAGCCAUUUGUCAUCCAGUGGCUGGACGAAAACGAGGAAGUAUCUCGGGACUUUCUGCACGGUGCUUUGGAAAGGGACAAAAAAGAUGGGUUCCAGGUCACAUCAGAGCAUGCUCUGUUCUCCUGUUCGGUGGUGGAUGUGUUUUCCCAGCUCAACCAGAGCUUUGAGAUCAUCAGGAAGCUAGAGUGUCCAGAUCCGCAGAUUGUAGGACACUACAUGAAGCGAUUUGCCAAGACCAUCAGCAAUGUACUUCUCUCUUAUGCUGAUAUAAUCUCCAAGUUGUUUGCCAACUAUGUCACCAUGGAGAAAGUGCCCUGCAUCCUGAUCAACAACAUCCAACAGCUGAGAGUUCAGCUGGAGAAGAUGUUUGAAGCGAUGGGUGGAAAAGAUCUGUGUGUGGAGGCCAGCGAUAUCCUGAAAGACUUGCAGGUUAAGCUCAACAAUGUCAUGGAUGAUCUCAGCAGGGUCUUUGCUGUCAGUUUCCAGCCUCAUAUUGAGGAGAAUGUGAAGCAGAUGGGAGACAUCUUGGCUCAGGUGAAGGGAACUUCAAAUGUAGGAAAUGCCAGCAGCGUGGCCCAGGAUGCUGACAACGUCCUGCAGCCCAUCAUGGAGUUCCUGGACAGCAACUUGACUUUGUUUGCUAAGAUCUGUGAGAAGACUGUGCUGAAACGUGUGUUGAAGGAGUUGUGGAAACUUGUGAUGAACACCAUGGAGAAGACCAUCGUCCUGCCGCCACUCACAGACCAAACGAUGAUUGGGAGGCUGAAGAGUGCUUCUCACAGUGAUGGCACUCAGCUCAUCUUUAAUGCUGCCAAGGAGCUGGGACAGCUGUCCAAGCUGAAGGAGCACAUGGUCCGCGAGGAGGCCAAAGCACUCACACCUAAGCAGUGUGCUGUGAUAGAGCUGGCUCUCGACACCAUCAAGCAAUACUUCCAUGCGGGUGGUGUGGGUCUGAAGAAGACUUUCCUAGAGAAGAGUCCUGACCUCCAGUCUCUCCACUACGCCCUCUCCCUCUACACGCAGGCCACAGACAAACUCAUUAAGACCUUUGUCCAGUCACAGAACACACAAGUGUUCGGCGGGAAGGGGGUGAGGUUCACCACUAGUGAGGAUGUUUACCCAGAAAAGGGCUCUGGGGUGGACGAUGCCGUCGGAGAGGUGUCCAUCCAUGUGGAGAUUUUCACUCACCCCAACACUGGAGAGCACAAGGUCACAGUGAAAGUGGUGGCUGCCAAUGACCUGAGGUGGCAGACGCAGGGAAUAUUCCGGCCAUUUGUGGAGGUCUAUAUCAUCGGCCCUCAUCUCAGCGAUAAAAAGAGGAAGUAUGCCACCAAGUCCAAGAACAACAGUUGGGCUCCCAAAUACAAUGAAACCUUCACUUUCACCUUGAGCAAUGAGGUGGGUCCUGAGUGCUAUGAGCUGCAGGUGUGUGUGAAGGACUACUGCUUCGCCCGAGAGGACCGCACUGUGGGCAUGGCCGUCUUGCAGCUGAAAGACGUGGCCUCCAAAGGCAGCGUCGCCUGCUGGUUGCCACUGGGUAAACGCAUCCACAUGGACGAGACGGGCCUCACUGUCCUGCGCAUCCUCUCCCAGCGUAACAAUGAUGAUGUGGCCAAGGAGUUUGUUAAGCUCAAGUCUGACCAACGCUCUGCUGAGGAGGGCCGCAGCUAAGAGUCAUAAUAGAAUUUAAAACCUGUCUGAAGCGCAAUCAGAUGUCGCCACCCACUGCCCUGGAGCUCUCCCGAGCCACUGCUAGCCACUGCCCUAAUAAUCCAGUGUUGAAAAAGCACAGAUAAGAAAACAGUCACCACACACCCCAGUGCUGUAAAUACAUUUAUUUCAGUGGAAAAGACACAGUGCUAAGCAAAGUAUCACUUUAAUUUUCUUCAGAAAAGGACCAGUGUCUUUAUUGUUACAGAUAUCAACCAUCCUUAUGAUAUGAACACUACAUACAGUUUAAUCAUAGAGCAUAUACUUACAUACUUUCCUCUGUUUGUAGAGGUGAAUCAUGCCAUUCCAUAAUCACACACAUACAUGUACAGACACACAUUUGACUGGUCAGGGUGAGAAAUAUCUUGUAGCCCCCCCCCUCCCUCAUUUUCCAGUUCCUCUUGUCCCUUCCCUCACCUGCACCCACUAAGACAAGGGACCAACAGAUAAUCGCUGAAAUAUGCCAAGACCAGCCCUAAGCACAACAGGACCAACUUUCCAACUGACCCAUGAAAAACAACAAUGGCUGCACAGUCUCAAACAUUCCAGAUAUCAGGGUGGGGAACACAUUUUGGGAACAAA